AUAGCACACGGGUUCCUCUCCUGGGGGCGGAGUGGCGCUCCUUGCCCUCCGUGGUUUCCCUCUGAACUCCUUACUCUCUCUCUUCUCUUCAUCGUCCCCUUCACUCCCAGCCAUCAUCGCGCCGCCCCAAGUGACUCCCUUCCUCUCGCGUUCCCUGGGUCUGCGGUCCGCCUUCCUCCCCAGGUCGUAAAGGCUCAGCGACUGUUCAUGCCGCCAUGCAAUCUCAUACGCCUGUCUAAGCGUCGCGUUGGGACCCAGGUCAUACGUUCAGUCUCUAGUCGUCCGGGCCAGAUCUCCCGACAAGCCAUCCAAGAAUUUCGCCACCACGAUCCUGGGCUCGUUGCAGCCGAUAUCCUCGGCUAGCUGGUCCACUCGGCGGUACGACAUGCCCGCCAUCGAGACUUCUGUUUGUAAGAAACGCUUCAAGGAAGCUUUCUUAAUCCCCGACCGCCCCUGUCUGGCCUCUCUACAUAGCUCUAGCUUUGCUCCUGAAUGAAUCCACUACUCACAGAGCAUACACGCUUUCCUAUGAUAACGAGAGAACAAACAGAAGUAGCUACACAACUACGCACUCGCAGUUUUGUGGCUACCUCCUAGCAGAUCCACUCCGGAGCGCGCACCCCUCCCUCCCUUGGGAUCAGCCGCUGUCCGUUUCGGGUUUUUCUCCACCGUGAUGGCUCCAAGUCACUUUGCCAUCGACGCCGCCUCCUGCCUUCCUGCAUGCCUCCUCCCUUAACUGCUCUUGACCCGCCCAGCUGUACCCUUCCAGCCUGCCUCUCUCGCCAACUGUCGUACCGCCAUUCUGCUUCCCAACCUCGAUCUGAACACCCAUCACUGUACACCCCAAUUAUCACCAUAACUAUGUACACCCCUUUUUCUCCGACCCUUUUGCUUAAACCUUCCGAGUUGUCCCACGAUUUUCAUAACACAUUUGUUAUGUCAAAUCGUGCGACACAAUGGAUGACCAUGUUGAGGCGAGCCGCCAUGUCGAGGAUGGCGCGGAUGGUGGGAAGUUUACCGUGGGGGAAAAAGUGUCCCAGUAGUCGGUACCCCAGGUCUGAGUGAAUCCCUUGGCGACGUAGCGAGCUUUGUAGACGGGCGUUUCCCCUGGAAGCUGCUUGACUCGGAAGACCCACUUCCCUUGGACGACGUUUUUGUUGGCGGGUCGUGGGACAUCGACGAAGGAGGCAUUGCGUAUGAACGCUUCACACUCUUUCCAGAUGGCCGCCCACCAGUGGCGGGCAUCAGGACAGGUGGUGGCUUCACGGAAGUUUCCAGGCACGAAAUUGCGGAAGUGCCAGAGAAAGCGAAGACUGGGGAUCCUCCAAAGUCCAGAGUGACUGGAGCUAGGGUGGGGUGAUGUAUGUGAAGAUUGAGGAGUUCUUCAUGAGUAUCUUCGAGGAGACACGGAGGUGUAAGUGCUGCUGUUCGGCUGCUCUGCUGGUUCGCUGCUCGGCUGCGUUGUUGCUCGGCCGCUCUGUUGCUCUGCUUCUCUGCUGCGCUGUUGUUCGGCUGCUCUGCUACGCGGAGUGUUGGAGGUCGAGUGCUAUGGUGGAGGGCUGCGCGUCGGUAGACUUGGCCACCUACUGCGCCCCAUGGACAGGCCUGGACAGCGGGAGAGUUAAUGGGCCCCACUGUGCGUUUGUUCCGCAAGGGCGUGGUGGAGAGCAUGGCAGCAGAGGCGCUGUGGCUGCCUGCUGAUGUUAUUGCUGCUGCUGCUGCGGAUGCUGCUGUUGGUGCGGCUGACCCCGAUGCUGCUGCCAAGGCUGCUUCAGAGGCAGCAGCAGCAGCAGCAGCAGCAGCAACUCAAUCUGGGCAGGGAUUGGAUUCUCUCAAGCGAGUUUUCCUGCGCCUACUAGCCCUGACAGCAGAGUGGCAGGUGCGGGCCAACCAGGGGCACGUGGAGAAGGGGAAGAAUGCCCCCUUCGGCCUCCAUAUAGUCACACUGGGGGGUUCUAUAACGAGAGGCUUCAGCAGCAGAAGCUCUCAGGUGCGUCACCCCUGGCCGGACCUCCUCAUGCCCUUCGCAGUGACCGCCUUCCCUCAUCUCCGCAACUACGUCACCAACUCGGCUGUCAGGGCAUGCGGGGCCAUCUGCCCUGCCCUCAGCCUCCCUUCCUUCCUGGGAGACAACCCAGGCAUAGUGAUAACAGAGUUCAACAUAAAUGUAGGAGAGCAGUGGGACUCUACCCUCCUCUUGCGACAACUCUCUUUAUGGCCCUCCCGCCCCGCCCUGCUCAACCUCAACCUCUUCGGCUGCUCCUCCGCCUUCUCGCAGGACAGCGGCCCCGCCAGGGGCUCUGCUGGCUGUGACCCCAUCCCCACGCCCUCCUCCUCUGACUACGCUGCUGCCGCUGCUGCCGCUGCUGCCGUGCCCACGCUGAGUAUGGCCCGUGCGCUCACCCCGUUCUGGCGCCCGCCGUCCGUUCCCCGGUGUGACAAUAGCGAGGGGAGCAGCGCAGGGAGCAGUGGGAAUGAUGCCGGUGGUGCUGGUGGUGUAAGUAGUGGUGGUGGUGUGGGGAGUGGGAGUGGUGCGGCAGUGAGGUCAGCAUGGGUGGGGCUGGUGGCGGGGGCGUGUGAGAGGGAGUGCACGCUGCCCAAGGGCAGGUGCCCCCCGUCAGGCGACCGGCCCUUCUCGCGGCCCUGCACUGCUUGUGUGCAUGCGUGCUAUGCCAGGGAGGGGUGGGGGGUGACAGGGUUGGCAGGGGACGUUGGUGAGGCAGGAGAGGCCGGAGGGGCAGCAGAAGCGGAGCUCUCAAGCCUUGGUGUCAACCGGCUAAUAGGUUGCUCGGGUCAUGAACUUGGUUCGCUCUACCCACCUGGCCAAACACCUGCAGCUGCUGCUGCCACUGCCGCUGCUGCUGCCACUGUUGCUGCUGCUAGUAACUCUGAAGCGGGAAAUGCAGCAGUAGGCGGGCGGCCACUUUUGGAAGUAUCUGUGGAAACGGUGCUGGGUGCCGACCGGGUGCACAUGGUGCAGUUUGGACACGAGCUGGCAGCGGCGGUGGUGGUACGGCAUCUAGUGUCAUCUCUGCUGGCGCUCACCCCUCGCGACAUCGAACAAUUCCUAGAAGAGGAACAGAAGGAGCAGCAGCAGGAGCAAGCUUCAACCGGUCAAAUUCAGCCAUGGGCGCACAUGAGGCCAGAGCGAGGGCAGUGCUUCUCCACCAACUGGGGCGACUACCGACAGAAGCACCGGUGCCCCAAACUUAAAGCCAUCAGCGGGCAGGUCUCUUUGAAGUCCACCCAGCCCGGGUGGAUGCUGUACCCCAUCUCCCGCGACAAGGAGGCGUUCGUAUCUCACUCCCCCAAUGCCACUCUCACCUUCGCCAUUGAUGUGAAUCUCAGGGCCGGAGGGCGGCUGGCGUUUCUAUUUCUGAAGGCGCAGGAUCUUGGGCCUGGUUUGGUGCACGUGGCAUGGGGGGGUGGGGGUGGGAAAGGUGGGGGAAGUGGUGGGGAAGGUGGAAGGAUUGGGCCGAUUUUGUUGAAUUCGGAGGCGUGGAGAUCGCCGACGAGGGUUGUGGGAGGGCAGGUGUUGCCGGGAGUGGUGCCGAGAGGGAGAGUGGAGGUGUCUGUGACUGUCGUACCUGGUGUGGAUGGGGGGCCACAAGGGUUUGGUGUGAUAGGCGUGUUUGUCCUGUCGGGUUUGCUUCCGGAUUCCAUGUUUUCAUGACACAGUUGAUGUGCUUUACCAUUGAUGUAUAGGCCAAUAUAUAUUUUGCUUUGUUUCGAUUUCGGAAUCAUAACUCUGGCUCCUGCACAGCAUAAAGAGCCACGGCAUGAGCAAGCUCGAGCUGACUAUAAUAUCUCAAAUCCAGGGCUGACUUUAUCAGACUAUUUACUCUGAUUAGUCUGAAAUCUCAGACCGGUUUUUUGGCUAAACCUGAAUUUC